AUGACUUCUCGAUCAGAACUCGACGCCUACCGAGUCUUCGUAGAGCGCUUCACCUCUGCCCUCUCUCAGCAGGGGAAUUCCCCUCGCCAAGUAUCGUCUAUGGGUCUUGGGGCCCUUACUAUCACCGAUGGCUCGCCCUUCGUCGCGGCCCCUCCUGACGCCGGAGCUUCCGCUGCGGCUCCUUCUUCCGCUGAGUCCCCCGUCGUGGCUUCGACCCCUCUCUCCUCCGGCCAACAGGAGGACAGACCCGCUCCUGUUGGCCCUUCACAAGCUUUGGGUCAGUCUGCUACUGUGGUGGAGAUUGAUGAUGACGAGGAGAUGGUUGUUGUCGAUAGUGAUGAAGAUAUGGAUGAUGUUGUUGAUGGCGAGGAAACAGGUGGUGCAGGUGAUGACGAGGAGAUGGGCGAUGUUGAUGAUGUGGCCGGACCGUCACGUCUUCCUGCUACUCCUUCGGCCGGUCCGUCCCGUUGCACUCCUCGUCGUGCUUCUUCAGCCGCUCUUCGGCCUUCUACUCCUGUGGCUGGCCCAUCUCGUCUCCCGGCUACUCCUUCUGCCGGUCCGUCUCGUCCCGCCAGGAGCCGUCCUACUCCUGUCUCAACUCAAGAGGAUUCCCCUCUAAGUCUCCCUCCUGCCCUUGGGACCCAAAGCCGUCAACCAUCUGUCCCUCCUGCUUCUGGGCUCUCAACUCCUGCCCCUCCUGUGAAAACUCCUCCGAAAUCUUCGAAAGGGAAAGGCAAGAAUAAGAAGGCUGUCCAGUUCGAACCUGCAGUGGUAGAAAAUGAAAAUACUCAGCUACCAGAGGAAGUCCCUCCUCCCCUCGACCACCCCUACAUUUCCGACGACCCUCGAAUCCCAGAGGAGGAGAAACAACUGGCUACCUUCCGUUCUCUCAUCAUUGGUUUGACCACGCAAUUACAUGCCAAUAGACGAGAUACGGCGAAACUUCUCGAAUAUUGCAUGAAGCUGGUCUCUGGUAUGAACACUCUCUCCCGGACAAUGGCAACUCUUCUAGAGUCUCCCGAGAGCUCAUGA